AUGGCUACAAUAUAUGCUGCUGUGUAUGGUAUAUCAUGGGCUCAUCAGAAAAUGGCAAUGGUUUCUCCAACUGAGCAUCCAUUAAUCAAACAGAUGAUUAAAGCUUCUAAGCGAAUUAUUGGGACUUCACCGAUAAACAAAAAGCAGCCACUGGGAGUGGAACAUGUCAAGAAACUGGUUAAUAAGUUUGGGGUGGGUGACCUUAGCAACUUACAGAUUACAUGUCUUGUAGCAUUGGGAUUCAGUGGUUUUUUACGGUGGGAUGACUUGUCACAACUUAGAAAAGAGGAUUUUUUUAUUCCAGGAAGAAUACAUUUUUUAGUUUUCCUGCAUAAGAGAAAUAAUGACCAACACAGAGAACGUUCGUGGACUCUGAUUGCUAGAACAUCUAAUCUUACAUGUCCAGUGCAAUUAAUGGAGAUGUUCUUUCGUAGAGGUGGACACAGACCUAGUGAUUUUGUGUUCCGAAAGAUUUCACACACAACAACAAGAAUGAAGCUAAGGAAGGAGCAGAUGACCUAUUCUCAAGCUAGAGAAUUAUUUUACAAACAACUGAAAGGCAUUGGGUUGGACCCCUCACCGUAUGGUCUACAUCAUCUCCGCUCAGGGGAUGCCACGGAAUCAGCUGCUUGGGGCAUAUUAGACCACCUCAUCCAAAGACAUGGGGGCUGGCGAUCAGAGGUUUCCAUGAACAUGUAUGUCAAAGUAACCAAAAAUGCUCUUUUACAAGUAUCUAAAAGUCUAGGACUUUGAACGUUUAAUAUUGUUUGAAUUUAGUGAACAAUUAUAGUGAACUCACCAUUAUAGUGAACAUUUUAUAGCACAUAGAUACCUCUAUACUUUGUCAUUGCGGCAGUAGACAUCUCGGCAAUCCAGCAUGAGAAUUAGAGCUUCUUGCUGGCUGAAGUAUGAAAGCGAGAAACAGAUUUCUCACGCUGGGGAGCCUGGGGGGGAGGCGCAUGUCCUUUUGGACAUGCGCACAUAGUUAUAGCAUUCUUGUCUUUUUGCCGCCAAGUGCAAGUUAUUCCCUCCCUCCCACCCAAUAAUUGGAGAACACAUGGGUAUUGUCUACUUCAUGAUAGUUUUUCACAAUAUGUAUUAUAGUAUUGUAGUUGUGGUUGACAGUUAUAAUAAAGGCACUGCUGCACUUGUGGUAAUAGACAUCUUGGCAACCCAGUGUCAG